AUGGUUGAGCACUCUCAGAAGUUCCAGCAGUGCACCUCGUUGAUGGCCAGCGACUGGGCCCCGCGUUGGAGAAUUUUACCGCUCUCAAGGAGACAGCCCUCUUCAUAUCUGAGGCCCCCAGACGUCAGCACAGGCGCAUUGGGCGACGUGCAGAGCAUGCUCUACAAUGCGUUCCAGAAGCAUGCUGCGUUCGUGGAUGGCGACGCGGGCAAUGACCACGCGGCACUGCAGCGUUGGUCCAAGGCAGUCGAGGAGGCCACGAUUUGCUUCUCAGGCUUAUACGGCGUGGAACGAUGGAGGGCAUCGAUUGCGACUGAGCUUGCUAACUUCGCCGCGAGAGAGAAGGCAUCGAGCUCGUUCGCGGUAUUUGUUUCGGCGUGCGAGUUGAAUCCCUCCGAGCAGAUCACUUGGGAAGAGAAAUGGGUGGGCGAUAUCAGCGGGCUUCGGGCUGCAGCCGCAGGCCAUGUGAAUUUGGGGUGGGUAGGCGAUAGACGACCAGAAGUAAUCCGUGAUGGUGUGUUUCAAUGA